AAAUCGAACAACAAAACCAUAACCAAAAACUAUCAAGUAAACAACUAACUAAAUUUUCAAGGCCAUAUCAUGAUCCUGAAUGCAAAGACCAUCGCAGUUCUCGGAGCCCUUGGAGGCCAGGGCGGCUCUGUCGUAAACACCUUCCUCGAGGACGGUUCAUUCAAAGUGCGAGGAGUGACUCGAAGUGUUAACUCGCCAGCCUCCAAGGAGCUACAAGGAAGAGGAGUUGAGAUGGUCCCUGGUAACGUGAAAGAGCCUGCUUCUCUGUCUCAAGCCUUUACAGGGGCUGACAUUGCUUUUGUCGUGGUCAACUUCUGGGAUCCUGACAUCGGAACAAAGGAAGGCAAGCUGACAAACGAAAUCUUCCACGAGGCCAAAAAGGCGGGGGUCAAGCAUGUGAUCUUUUCUUCCUUGGCGAACGUGGGGAAGGUCUCCGGAGGAGAAAUCACCGUGCCUCAUUUCACGCUCAAAGCAGAAGCAUGGGAAUAUCUCCAGACAAUGGGCUUUGAUGCUGUUACUGCUGUUGAGCCCGCCGCCUAUUAUUCCAACUGGUUCUCGUUUUUCAAGCCGGUCGAAGACGACAAGGGUACUCUGGUGUGGACUUGGCCAGGAAAGGAAGGCAACGCCUUUAGCCAAUUCGAUGUGAAUACCGGAGUGGGUCCAUCGGUGUUGGCCGCUGCAAAGGAUCCAAGCAAGUACAACAACAGUAACAUCCUGUUGGAAGGAGAGAAGAUCUCUGUGGAAGACGUCGUAUCUCAGAUUUCGGAAAAGCUGGGCAAACCUGGCCGCGUCCAUUUUGAAGACCCGAAGAAAUUCGCAACAUUCUUUGACGGUGCUCAUGAACUAGCCCAAAUGGUCAAAUGGUUCGAAGACUAUGGUUACUACGGCCCUGAAACUGAAACCCGGAAGCAUGGUAUUGGCAAAGAGAUUGGCGGCCUGGUUUCCUUCCAGGAAUGGUUGGACAAAGACGAGUACAAAAAGCUUCUCUAGAGAAGCCUCUCCUAUCCCCAGUGUCGGCGUCAAUUAAACAAUGUAGUUAGAUGUUUAGAGAGCCUUUGUUGAUACAAGGAUGCUGGGCUGUUGACUACUAGUAGUAUUACAGUGAAUUCGUUCCAACGAACCGAGGACGCCAUUGCAACGCGUGUAUCCUUUAAAAGACGAUCCGGAAUAGCACA